AUGGCAACAACUUAAACAGAAUCACAUUUAUAACCUUAAGAUUUAGAAAAUGAAUAAAAUGAGUAAUUCGAAAAGGCUUAAACAGGACAUGAAGUAAAAUAAUUUAUUAAAUUACAAGAAUUAAGGAGAAUUAGCCACACUCUAAGAUCAGAAUAGAAGAUAUGCUUAUAGAAUUGGUCAUCUAACAAAGGCUAUUGAUGAGUUAAUUUAAUCAGAAGUAACAUCUUGUAUAUUAUUUUAGAAUCUAUUACUCAAAGAAAACGCUUAAUUAAAAGCUAGAAUAGCAGAAUUGGAAAAAAAAUGA